CUGAAACCACACUGUGGUUUGGUUCAGAGUCGGUUAGCAGGUGGACUAAAUCCUGAUUGAUUCUGAGACGAGGGUAAAAUGAUUCUUCUUUGUUGCAAUCUCCUCUUUUGUCUUCUCCUAGGUUGUGUGUCUGCAGAAAGCAUCAUAGCCACAGUGGGAGAAGAUGUGACUUUGAUAUGCAACUAUGAUGCUCAGACCUACGGCAAACUUUCUGCAUGCUGGGGUCGGGGAGCCAUCCCCAACAGGGGCUGUGCCGAGGAGGUGAUCAGGUCAGACGGGGCAUCAAUGGUCAACAGACUGUCGGAGCGCUACCUGCUCAAGGGUGAUGUUGGUGUGGGAGAUGUGUCGCUGACCAUUAGGCAGGUUGAGGAGGGCGACUCUGGGACCUAUGGCUGCCGUGUGGAAGUACCGGGCUGGUUCAAUGAUCACAAGCACCAGCUGACGCUGACGGUAGUGGCAGUACGCCCCAAUCCUCUGAAGGUGGAGACAAAAGAGGUGAAGGAAAGAACUCUGACUGUUUGCUGGACUCCUGGGUUCGAUGGUGGCCGGCCCAUCACAGCCUACAGGAUUGAUCUUAAAGACAAACAGGCCUUCUGGGAUGCUGCAGUGAGUACCGAAGUCUCAAAUCCUGAACUGACUCAGCUGACUUUGGUGGCUUUGCGUCCGGCCAAGCCCUACAACCUUCGAAUGUUUGUUAUCAACAAUGUGGGCAUGAGCGAGGCCAGCAAUGUUCUGACAGUCACAACUAAAGAAGCAGCACCAGAGGGUCCUCCUCUGGAUAUGCAGCUGGAGGCGCUCACUGCUCAUAGUAUCAAAGUCACUUGGAAGCCUCCGAGGCUCGAUCAAAGAAACGGGGUUCUUCGGAGUUACAGCAUUAGCUACAGAGAGUAUGACUCUGUAGGCAGACAGUUCAAAAGGUGGCAGCACGUAAGUGUGACGGCCACACAGGAACUAGAGAGCGCCAUUCUGAACAACCUGAAGCCUUCGAAGAAAUACGGCGUGAUAAUACAGGCCAAAACCAAUGCAGGAACAGGACCUGCCUCAACUGCACCUCUCUGCUCCACUCUGGAAGAGGUUCACAAAACGUCAACAGCUUCCACUUUCAAGUCUUCUUCCUCUGUGGCCACAAGAUGGAUACAAGACACGACAAGUUUCACUUCGGCUCACACAACCUCAACAAUCGAGACUGGUACUGCUGCCACUGUUUGGGCAGAAAGCACCACAACCAUCACAUCAGUGGCCCCAGAUCCCCCAGUGAUUGAGUUAAAGGAGGUCAAAGGCAAGACAAUCGCCCUUUUAUGGACUCCUGGGUUUGAAGGUGACAGCCCCAUCACUGGCUAUUACCUGGAGUGUAAAGCAGUGACUGCGUCAUGGGAUAACACAAAGACAGUUGUUGAUUUUAGCCCCAACCAGACAGAGGCCACAAUAAUAGAGAUAAAUCCCUCAACAUACAACAUCCGCAUGUUUGCCAAGAACAGUCUGGGCACCAGUAACGCCAGCAAUGUAAUCACCUUCACUACCGGAGAAGCAGGUCAUCAGGGAGUUGAUCUCCUUACCACCGUAUCUACUGACACUCAUGCUGCUGCGAGCGUUAAGGAGAGUCAAAGUGGUCACCUAGCAGCCAUCGUGGUGCCAGUGGUGCUGUUGGUGAUGGUGGUUGCCAUAGUAACCACGUGGCAGCUUCGAAGAAUAAAACAGAAAAAAGGCAACCUGAACAUGUGGCUGACCAAUGAAGUUCUACGUUACAGAGGCUCCGAGUCACUACAAGAGCUGUAAACCUACGAGUUACUUCACAUUUUAGCCGACAAAAACACAAAUAAGCAGUAGCCUAGAUUACAUUUGCCAUAAUUUGCUUUAUAUAUAUAUACUACCAGUCAAAAGUUUUAGAAUACCCCCAUUUUUACAGUUUCUAUUGACAUUUAAGCAGUUCAAGUCCAGUGAACCUGAAAUGGUCCAAAGGUAAGCGGCAAACUGCCAGAGGUUAAACAAAAAGUCUAAGUUACCAAUUUUUUUAAAAUAAUGUACAUUUCAGAGUUAUACAAAAAGGCCUUUUUCGUGGAACAAGUAAUAGGUUAACAACUUGCAGCUGUUUUGCAACAGUGUUGGGAAGAACUUUCUGAACAACAUUUAAUUUCCAUUGUAGAAAGAAUGCCAUGAGUGCGUUCGGCUGUUAUAUCUGCAAAAGGUGACAAUACUUUGAUGAGUCCGAAAUUGAGUGUUGAUUGAUAAACAAAUCGAUUCCAUGAUUUAUUUGUUAUCUUCAAUUGUUUAUUUGUUCUAUGCUUUAAUUUCAGAGUAAAUUGAUAAAUGAAACUGUGUACAUUUCAGGAAUUGAGGUCUUCUAAAACCUUUGACCGGUAGUGUAUAUAUAUUUUGUCAUUGAGAAAAGAAACUUCACCUGCAUGCUGCAUUGAUCAAACAAUCAAAAGAAAAACUAAUCUUAUUUUCGCCCAGCAAAGAAACUUUAAUUACCAUGUCAAUGUUAAGAUGAGAUUUGCCUUUAUUUGCAAUAGUUCAAGUUGCAGCAAUUGUUGUUAUUGUCAUUUGUUGUUGUUUCCUCUCUUUCUAACAAUAUGCAUCAGUUUUCAUUAUAAUCACCCUCAACAGUUAAUUAAAUUAUUUGUAAUCUUUUGAUGUGACUUUAUAUGUAAUUAAAUAAAACAAAUUCCUCCCAAGACUAA